AUGCUCCGAGCCUCAGGUACAGUUAAAGGGCGGGAGUCAGAGACGCAGCAGAUGCUGCGCAGAAACCGGGAUCUCAGAACCCAGAGCAAGACACCUCACGCAACCCCAGGGAUGUUGUCGACGGCUGUCAAGCGCAUGUAUGGUGCCGGGGCGUCCUGGGGCGCCCCGCCCGCCUGCCCUGGCCCGGGAGCCGCGCCUGAGCUCCUGGGGAGCGUGGUUCCCGACACAGAUCCCUGGGUUACCCCCCCUUACUGCCCUAAGAUGCAGUCGCCCCCGCAUUCACUUCAAGGGAGAACCCGCGACGCUUCUCUGUGGACGUCACUCCAGGCCUGCCCUGGGCCGCAGGCAUCCCCAGAGCCCCAGAACCCCGCAGUGCCCCGGACGACGCCCCCUGCGUCCCUGGAGCUGGCUGCAGUGUACCAGGGUGUCUCUGUGUCUCCGGAGUCCUGCCUGUCUCUGGGAACCCCAUCUCUACUGCCCCGUCCAUCAUGCCAGAGACUCCAGCCUCAGGCCCAGUGGGAAUGCUGGAGCCACAGUGCAGAGGUGCUGUCCAGCUCGGAGGACCAGGGACCCCGCCCUGCCUUCCAGCUCAGAGAAGCCAGCCCUCCCCAGAGCUCAGGCCUGCGGCUCAGUGGCUGUCCUGAACUUUGGCAAGAAGACUUGGAGGGGGCUCCCCUGGAUAUCUUCUACUAA